AUGUCGGGUAAAGGAAUCAAGAACGUCUUUGGCGCCGGUGCCAUCAACCCGCCUCGUGGCUUUGGCGACCCAAAGCUGCUCGAAGAGCAAGCCUUCCCAGUGUUGCUAGAGGGCGACUGUAAGACCAUCGACACCGCCGCCCUCUAUGGACAGAGUGAGACCAUUCUUGGACAGGUGGGAGCCGGCAAGCAGUUCACACUCGAUACCAAGAUGAAAGGUGGAUUUGGUGGCCCAGGCCAUGCAACAAAAGCCAAGGUCAUCGAGGAAGCCGAGAACAGCCAGAAGCUUCUAGGCACCACAGUCGACAUCUACUACAUCCACGCUCCCGACGGAGAUACCGACAUCGCUGAGACCCUCGCCGGCAUCAACGAAGUGCACAAGAAGGGCUUCUUUAAACGAUUCGGCUUGUCCAACUACCAAGCGAAAGACGUGAGAAAUGUCUAUGAACACUGCGAGAAACAUGGCUACGUCAAGCCAAGCGUAUAUCAAGGAAACUACUCCGCCGUGGCUCGCAAGCAGGAAGAGGUGCUCUUCCCAACUCUACGCGAGCUCGGUAUAUCCUUCUAUGCCUACUCGCCCAUCGCCGGAGGUUUCCUCACCAAGACGAAACAAGACAUCGCAGACGGCAAGGGACGUUUCGACGUCAACGGGCCCCUGGGCGACAUGUACGCGAGCAUGUAUGGUCGUCCUAAGCUCCUCGAGGCACUUGAGAAGUGGGCGGAUAUCGCUAAGGAGGAGGGCGUGUCAAAGGCUGAUCUUGCGUAUCGCUGGGUCAAAUACAACAGUCCGUUGAGCUCCAAGCAUGGCGAUGCCAUCAUUAUUGGUGCGAGCAGUGUUGAGCAGCUCAAGCAGACCCUGGACACCAUUAGCAAGGGACCGUUGAGUGAUAAGGCGGCCAAGCGGAUCGAUGAGCUGUGGGAGGGGAUCAAGGAGGAUGCGCCGCUUGACAACUAUCAUCGGUAG